AUGUCAGGUCGCAAAUAUGGGGGUGACUCCUCCAGCGACUCUGCGGCGGAAGACNUCGUGGCCCUGAGGACGCAAGUUAGCUCGCUGACGGAUCAGAUGAGCCAGCUAAUGUCGCUAGUGCAAGAUGCCACGAAGGAAAGCAAGAAGGAGGAGCCAGCUGGCACCAUGGAGGGUGCCGCUGAUCGCGGCGAUGCAAGGGAGAGCGCCGCCGCGGAGUCCACGAACGCCGAAGGAGGGGCACCGUGGACCGGGAGUGCGCAGGACGGGAGGUACCUGCGCGACCCUGUUGGAGAGUCUGGCCCGUCAUGGCAACACAGCGGCGAAGCAGGGGGCUUUGUCCCCCAAGAGGUGAGAGUAGCCGCUGCUCACAACCAAGAUUAUAGUAGGGCCAUGGGGGAUGGUGGUGCUGCUGUUGGCUUUGGAUACGGAGCCACAAACCCAGCGACGGGGUACCAAAGUGUGCGGUACACUUCUCCUCCGUUCAGCAGGAAAUCAAAAGAUUUCAACGAAUGGCUAAAUGAUUUCCGCAUGGCAGCUAAUGGCGCAAACCUGUUGGAACAAUUUGAAGAGAGCGGACGCUUGGAGAUCCCCGUCAACAGCGGAAAGAGCAAGUUUUCGCUGUCACAGCAGUACCGGAGCGAGCAAGUAGAAUUCGCAUUCCACGCGUGGAACUUCCUGUCUCACGCGUUGAAAGAAAAAGAUCGGAAAAUCAUAAAGAGGGCAGAGACGCUCCAGGGAGCUCUUCGUGAGCUCAAGACCAUACAAGACCCUAAAUCAUCUUUACAGCCGUCAGAGGACCUCAAGUCCCUGACGUCGACCAAGAUCUCUAGAGGUGAAAACCCCCAAAACGCCCUAAAUGAGAUGCUCCAAACCGCAAAGUCCUUAACCGAGAAAGGACUAACUGUCAACGAAACGUUCGUCCUUCACCUCUUCCUGGAUGCCCUUUCGGACGAGUAUGCCAUGACAAAGCACAACCUGCGACACGCGAAGGAGUUGACGCGGACCGGUGUGCUAAAGGAAGUAAUGAUCGACUACAAGGCGAUCAAGGACAAGCUGGAGCAGGGGAAAGGAAAAGUGGCGAAGGGCGCAGAGCAAGCGUACUUCGCCGACGGUGAGGGCCGCAGGAAGCGGUACUCAUGUAGACGUCAGGGGCAAGGUCGUGGUCGUGGCGGCGCCCGUGGCCUCAGCAGCAGUCGUGGCCGUGGCGGAGGCCGUCGCGGCGGCGGCGGCGGCGGCGGCGGUCGCGGCGGCCGCAGUGGAGGCGCUGAUGGCGGCGUUGGACCGCUGCUACCUUGUCUUGGCUGUUCGAUGUCCAAGGGACAGGUGAAACCCAUCCAGAAGAGCAUGAGCACACGCGCACUGCUACCUCUCGCGGAUGACGAGGAGGACGGGGAGGGGGAGAGCAGAGCGGGUGCAUCACGCCAAGGUUGGGGGGGGGAGAGAGACUCAGAGAGUGAGUCCGACCUCGACGUGAUGGAGGCUCGUGGGCCAGGGCAAGCGACACCGUUUGUGCGCGAGGAGGCGCCGACGACACCCGGCAACGGGUUUCCUGGGGACGGAGGCAGCAUUCCCCCAUCGCUCCCUUCGGGAAGGGGCGACUUCGGCGGAGGCAGUGGCAGCCCCACCAACAACAGCAGAAGCAGCAGCAGCAGCAGCAGCAGCAGGAGCAGCAGCAGCAGCAGCAGCAGCAGCAGCAGCCCGAGCAGCCCGAGCAGCGGCAGCAGUGAGGCCGGCGGUGCCGGCGGCCCGGGCGGCGAAGAGUCCGGCGACCCAGGUGGGGACGGCGGUGGGGACGGCGGUAGCGAUGGUGAUCCCGGCGACGCCGAGAACCGCGAGGAGUUGAAGUAUGAUCCAGCCGACGACCGCUACCCCCGCGGGCUAGAAGGGAAGAAACUCCUCUGGGGCGCCUCGAACGCUGGCCCGCUGCGCCAUGGGCUUGAGAGUGGCCGCACGCGGAAGCAGACCCGGGAGAUGCAAGGUGCCGGGGAGAUGCCGGGGCCCGGAGAAACAUCGGACCCGGAAGAGAAAUUGUUGGCGACCAUCCUGGAAACUGGCGGGACGGGGAUUGUUGAGAACUACAUCUGCAACUCGCUUGUGAAGGAGCAGUGGGACGAGGAGACAUGCCGUAUGGAGGAGAUGUACAGGCGCGAGAUGCAGGAGGUGUUGGGCCUGGAACAGCAGGCGUUCGGGGCCGAGGUCGACGCCAGCGGGUCUUCGCAACCACUCCCAGACCCACAGCUAAGUANGGAGGAGAUGUACAGGCGCGAGAUGCAGGAGGUGUUGGGCCCGGAACAGCAGGCGUUCGGGGCCGAGGUCGACGCCAGCGGGUCUUCGCAACCACUCCCAGACCCACAGCAAAGUAUGACCUCGCCAAUCGGGCAGAAGCCGAGUGAUGUGGAAGCAGUACCGAUGACGUACAAGGAUGUGAUGUGUUCCAAGUACAAGGUUUUCUGGGAGGCAGUCAUGAAGAAAGAGAUAGAUGGCCACGACAAGACUGGAAUCUUUACCAAGGUCAAGGAGCUGCCCGAGGGGCGGAAGGCCAUAAGUUCAAAGUGGGUGUUCUCUUGGAAGACUAAUGAGAAGGGCCUGAUAGUCGACUUCAAGGCCCGUAUGGUUGCGCGGGGUUUCUCUCAAAUCCCCGGCAUCGACUUCCACCACUCAUCCUCAGCGUGCCCGUCUGCAGCGUCUAUCAAGACGGUGAUUGCCGUAGCCACUGCAAAGGGCAAGAAUCUCGCUCACUGGGAUGUGAAGCAAGCGUACAUCCACGCUAAGCUUAAAGNCUAUGCCCUCAUCGAGGAUGGAUACGAGCAGUGCACGGUUGACCCGUGUGUCUUCCGGAAGGUGGUGGAUGGAGAGGUCGUAGGUCUCAUCGUGAUCUACGUUGAUGACAUCUUAGUGGUGGCAGACGAGGGAGAGCGAGAGGAGUUGUUCGCUUCCCUCAACAAAAAGUUUCCGGUGAAAUAUUUGGGGGAGUGUACCUGGUGCGACGGGUGUGCUAUCGCCAUGGAUGUAGCAAAUGGCAUCACCAAGCUGUCCCAGACAGCAUACAUUGAGAGUAUGCUGAAGCGGUUUGAUGUGACCAAGACCGCUUUCACCCCUGCUGCCACCGAUGCCGAUCUGGGGCCGAAGAGAGAUGACAAGCCCGCGGUGGAUAAGCCUGUGAGGGAGGCGAUCGGAUGCCUGAUGUGGACGAAGCUGACGAGGCCAGACAUCGCCCUGCCUCUGAACAAGCUCCAGAAGAUCGCCCACUCACCCACCGGGAGGAUAUGGAACGCGCUUGUGCAGAUCAUGUCCUACCUGAACUUCACGAAGGACUUCGGCAUCACCUUCGUACGGGGGUCAGGACCUAAGCGUGUUUGUCGAUGCCAGCUACGCUGACAACGAAGUAGGCAGGCGUUCUGCGACCGGGCUAGCUGGCGUGAAGGAGGCGUUGUUUGUGCGUGGCGUUCUGUCGUUCAUAGCGCCCGAGACGAGUGGGGCGAAGAUCAAGGUCCUUGAGGAC